AUGUAUUUGGUACAUCGCCUCAACCACAACGCAUGCGUGAAAAGACUUCGCCUUAUAGCUUUUCUAAAAAAAAGUAUAACUGAACACCAUAGCUUUGGACCUUGGGCCACGCCAAAUGUUUCUUGUGAAGUGGGUGAACUCACCAAGCAAUUUGUUCCAAAAGAUGAACUAGAUGACAUCCUUGAACGAAGAGCAAAGGAGUUCAAACAACAUCAACUCAGGAUGAAGACAAACGUAAAAAUUCUUAUUGCCAAAGCCAACUGCCCUCUCCAGUAUCCUACUGGUUUCAGGGUAGCUCCUCUGCAGAAAAGUUUGAUACCAGGUCUCGCUCUUCAAACACAAAAAAGAAGGGUAACAACUAACAAGAGGGAGGUGUACAAGGUGUCUUUGAGUGUAAAGAGUGGAGUGUUUUCGGUGGAGGAUGUUCUGGAUGAACAGCAGGUGGAUGGACAGGGUCAGAGUGAACUACACAUCUCAUCCAGUGACCUCACACAACUCAAUGAUUUGCUGUCUAGAGUGACAUACACCAGUACCAUCUAUCAUAUUAAAACAAUUGACAUGGUUCAUUUCUCUUUUGAGAACCAUGAGGCCAUGUUUCCCAUCAUGAUUAGGAGACCAAUAGUUCCUGUUCUUUAUGACCCCGGAAAAGAUAUCAACUCAAAAGUGACCGUAAUUACCAAGACAUUUCUGAGGUAUAAGGAGCUGAAAGUCCUCAUCCAGAGUAUCCGGAAGUUUUAUCCAAAUAUCAAGAUCAUUAUUGCAGAUGACAGCCUGAAGCCUGAGGAUGUGUCUGGAAACAACAUAGAGCACUACAUCAUGCCUCCUGCACAGGGCUGGUUUGCAGGCAGAAAUCUGGCUCUAUCCCAACUCACAACUAAAUACUUCCUGUGGGUUGAUGAUGACUUUGUGUUCUUGAAGGAGACACGGAUCGAGAGUUUUGUGGAGAUUAUGGAAGCAAUUCCAGAUCUAGAUGUUGUUGGUGGUGAGGUCUCAGGUGACCAGUUCCACUUCAUUCUUGAGUAUGAUGAGGGAACCGAAAAAGAAGGUGGCUGUUUAAGGCGUAUUAAAGGAGGGUUUCAUCAGCCACUUUCAGGCUAUAACGGAUGCUUUUUUGUGGAUGGUGUCACUAAUUUUUUCUUGGGGAGGACUGAAGCAGUGCGAAGAAUUGGCUUUGACCCAUUCCUUAAAAGAGUUGGACACACCGAGUUCUUCAUUGAUGCUCUUGGAAAACUGCUGGUUGUAUCAUGCAAGGGUCUUUCUAUCGGUCACCAGACACAUCGAGAACAGAACCAAUAUGACUCAUACCGGACUCAAGGGAAACUUGAAGAGGAGAGAAAACUGGCCCACCAUUUCUUUAAGAAUUAUCUCAACUGUAUCAAGUACUGAUUAGUAUUAAGUACUGAUCAUUUUGGAAAAUAAUGGACAACAAAUCUGAUUAUCGAUUAAUCACAUCUGUGCGCUGUGAACAGAUAACAUCUGGCAGUCACUUUACAGAAGUGAAAAAAGCAUUUCAAUGGACAAAAUGCACCUGAAAAAUAACAGAAGACAGAGUGACCUGCUGUGGGAGAAGUGCACAGCCUAAGUUACCCUAAACACAAGAAUGCUUUAUAUGAAGAGCUUCAAAAUAAAUACAUAAGCAUGACGUUUAAUGUAACUUGCCCUGUGCGAGCGUAGAGUUUGAACUUUUAUUUCACGGCUGACCUUGUGGUACCAUCCCAAAGAGGCACAAAAUCACUCUCAAGGACCUUUUCCUUGUCUGUUCCCUACUGGUGGAAUGACCUGCCUAGAUCAAUCCAAGCAGCUGUGUCUUUAGCCAUUUUCAAGAAACUGCUAAAGACACAUCUUGACCCAGUA